AUCGUUUGGGGCUGGAGCGGGCUGGGGGGCAGUACAAGCUCCAGCUGGGGCGUGUGGGGAGGGUGAGUCGCAGCUGCCUGAGGGGUGCAGCAGGCUCCCCCCCCCACUGCCCUGACCCCUUGCUGCCCCACAGCCGUGGGGCUGCCCCAUGCUGCCGUGCCAGGGGACCCUGGGGCAGCCCUCGCUGUGGGGGCUGCUGGAGGUGCGGGUGCCCCCUGGGGAGCGCCUGGCCGUGCGGCACAUGCUGGGCGAGGAGGCCGUGGAGCGCAGCCUGGAGCUGCACGCCGAGGUGGCAGUCCUGCAGGAGCUGUGGCAGGAGCGUCGCGCCACCAGCCCGGGGGCCGGCUCGCAGGCCCUGCUGGCUGCACCCCCCCAGCUCAGGGAGCUGGUGCGUGGGGAGAUCCGGCUGCUGCUGCUCAGCCUCCAGCAACGGGCGGCCCAGGAAGGCAGGGAUGGAGGCAGGGCUGUGGCCAGGUACAGCCCCCACGUGGUCAGCUUUGCCAUGGAGGGGACUGCAGGAAGGCGGCAUGACAUACUCCCACAGGACAUCACUGCUCCCAGCUCGGCCUCAGAGCUGGCCCAGCGCCUGGACUCCUUCAGAGACAAGCUGAACAUCACCCACCUGCCCCAGGUGCUGCCCCAGCUCUGGUCCAUGCUGGAAGAGGAGUGCCGUGACCUGGAGAAACACAUCACCCACCUCCAGCGCUGCCUGGAGGAGGAACACUGGGCUGCCAUGGGGCCACCGGCACCGGAGCCUACCCUGGCAGAGCUGCAAGACCAGAGGAGAGCCAUGGAGCAGGACCUGCAGCUGGGCCCCUGGCCCCUGCGCCCCAGCCUCUCCCCGGAGGUGAAGAGCCCUGAGCAGCCACCCAGAUCCCUGCUGUGCCCAGGCAGCCCCUCGGGAGCUGCAGCAGGACCUGGCACUCUGUCCCCAUUGGGACCUGGCGCACCAGCCCCACAGAGCCCUGCAGAGGGUUCGGGUUCCCGCACGUGGGGUCGGUCAGCCAACCGUGCCACCCGUCAGGACCCGGCCGCGCUGUCCUCUCAGAGCCCUGCCUGGCCUCCUGCCUGUCUGCGCUCGCUCCUCCAGCCAGGGGCUGUGGGGCAUGGCCCCCCCUUCCUGCCCUCCCCACCCUCGGUGCUGCCCCCUCCUCGCUCAGCCCUGGGGCGGCACUGGAGGCUCCUGCCCUGCAAAGGGCCCAGCUAGGGCAAGAUGCCCAGCGCAUGCAUGGGGAAAGGCCAGCUGCCCUCUGCUCUGUGGGCUGCUUGCUGAACCCCUGCAGGGACAACCUUCUUCCCCAGCAAGACAAGCCCCUGUCCCCCAUGUGCUGGCUUAGCCCUGGGCUGGAUUUUAUAGGUCUGAACAGGGCAAGGGCUGCCGGCCACAGAGUGGGGGCAAGGGCAGGAGCUAGGGCCUGGAGCAUUCCCUGGGGCCCAUUCUGGCCACUUAGUGCCAGUGCUGAGCAUCCAAAGGGGAAAGAGUGCACCCAAGGGAAAUAGCCCCCCACCCCAUCCCCUCUGAACCCCCCCUAGCUCCCAAAGAAAGACACAGCGCGACACAGACUCAGGAAUAUAAAUCUCAUUAAAGUCUAGGAUACUUUAGAACUCUA